AUGUGUGAAACAAUGGAUGCAAAUUCUCAAGAGUGGGGUAUAGAUGCAUUUAUUCCCUAUUAUCGCAACUCGCUUUGCAAUUUACAGACAGUUAACAAUGAUCUAUUGGCAACAAUUCUUCAGAAGAAUCAUUCUUGUGCUUUUUUCAAAGAUAGAUCGAUUUUAUUCUUGUCAACAAAUGAUACUGCUGGAGAAGGAGAAUAUAAAUCAGUCGAUGAAUUUCGAGAAAAAGUUCCAUUGACAACAUAUGAAGACUAUCGUGAUUAUGCAAAUCGAAUGGUUGUUGAUGGAGAAAAGAAUCUGCUUUGUAUCGAAAAUAUCCUUUAUUUUGCAGCUAGUACCGGAACGACGGGAAAGUUCAAGCUUAUUCCUGUAACUCCACCGAUGAUAAGAACAGCUAAUGAAACCGCACACCUAGCAUCUUCUGUUAUUCGGAAAUCGUUUUCUUUUUCAUUGUCUUCUUUUCCUGAACAACAUCCUUUCACCUUGCUAGGCGGAAAAAACACAGGACUGUAUCAAAGAUCAAAAGAUGGUAUUCCAAUUGGUCCUUUUAGUCAAUAUUUUUCGGCUAAUCCAACAAUUCCUCGAACUCGAUCAUUGUUAUCUAUUAAUAAUACCCUAACAUUGAAUAUUAUUGAAGGAAUCCAUGAUUUUGAUACAAGUGCAUAUGUUCAACUCGUUUUUGCAUUGGCGAUUCCGGAUGUUUCCUCCUAUACGGUUUAUUUUGCGUCAGGAUUCAUUCAUACUAUCAAAUUAAUCGAAAAUUAUUUUGAAGAAAUGAGUCUUUGUAUUUCUUCUGCUAAUUUCGAUCAAAGUUCACUCGUUCAAAAGAAUAUUGUGGAUUCAGACUUUCGAGCAACCUUAAAUCAAACAUUGAACGAAGUGAUUGCUCAAUAUGGAGGAGAGGUAUAUCGAUUGGAACGAGCUGAACAUAUUCGAUAUGAAUGUCUCAAAAAAGAUGUUUCAGGACUCCUGCAUCGUCUUUGGCCAAAUAUGAUUUAUGCUUCUACGACUAUAGGAAGCACAUUUUCAAUGUACAAAGAAGUCGUUCAAUAUUAUUGUGGAGAAAGAGUACCUCUGAUUAAUUUACUUGUCUACGGUGCAAGUGAAAGCUUCUUUGGAUGUAUUGCAAGUAUUCACACUGAUGAGUACUUUCUAUUACCAACAUCCGUAUUUUUUGAAUUUAUCAAAGAAGAAGAUAUUCAACAAGCUCAACCGAAAACUCUUCUUCUCUCAGAGCUUGAACCAGGACAUCGAUACGAAGUGGUUUGUACAACUGACGGUGGAUUAGUUCGAUAUAGAAUGGGAGAUGUUAUCAAUUGCACAAGAUUUUUUUCUCGUGCCAAUGAUUUGGUCCCAUUACCAGAAGAACCAGUCGACAUUCCUCAAAUUCCUCUCAUUUCGUUUGCAUAUCGUGUUGGAAACAUUUUAGGUAUAUUUGGUGAGAAAAUAACUGAACAACACAUGAUGAAUGCUCUUCAACAAACAAUUCGUCAGUGGAGAGAACAAGGACUACAGGUUGAUCUGCAUGAUUUUACAUCGUGUACGAAAUUAGAUGUAUUUCCAGCCAAAUUUGUCAUCUUUGUGGAAUUGACUGAAGAUCAAGGAUACAAAAUUGAUGCACAACAACUUCGAAUUCUUCAGAAUACCGUCAGUGCAGAAGUCGAUCAACAACUUCGCAAAACGAACCAAGGUUAUACAAAUGGUCGAAGUGCAGCAAGGCUUGAUUCACUUGAUUGUAUUUUUGUUCGAACUGGAACAUUCUCGACAUUUGUGGCUAAAUUCUUGAUGACCGAUCGUACCAGUCCUGUGCAAAUCAAACCUCAUCGAAUACUGAAGAGUGAAGAUCACAUUCGAUUCUUUUAUGACAAUCAAAUUGAUAUAUCAUCGUCGUAA